GGAUACUUAUGGAGCUAGAACACAUCAUACAAAUUUCUAGUUCCAAAAGUAUCCACCAAGACGGCGCUAGUAAUGCUAAAAGGAAAAUAUCCUCCCGAACUCCGCCUGUUGUAGGUACUACAUUUCGUAGUCAACCCCCCACACCCUCCAACCUUGUCGUGUCCAGUCCUAUAUACCUUAGUCCGUGCUUGCAUAAACUCAAGUACCUAGUACCUGCGUAAUCGUAAUCAUUAAUCACUAUAAAAAAAACCUCAAUCUCGAAUCGUUGUAGUUCCGAGUUGUUGUUGACUGUAGAUUUUGUCAUGGUUAUUAUUUUAUCACCAUUACCAACGUCGUACCUCCAUAGAUAAUAUCAUGACAAACUAUAUAGGUAUCUUUACAGGUGUACUAUAGUAAUGCAGUACGCGCGUCUCCUUCACCUCCGUCCAAUGUCGUAGUUCUCCUUUCUCCAUUUCUAGUUGGUUGAUUUUGUUCUAUGUUACUUAUGUAUGUAUAUCAUUGAUAGCCAAUAUGAAGUGGAGAACUACGAUAAAGGCGAAGUAAAGAGCAGAGGAUGCGUAUCAAAAUAGAUCUAUAUUAAUUCUAUUCUAUAUGUGGAUGAUCACAUAAUUAAACAAUAUGAAUAUUGAUUGUACAAUGACUAAAUCAGGCGAUAUGAAUAUUGAUGGUGAAAAAACUGAAAUCAUGUCACCCAGUAAAUUAAAUGAAUCUGAACCGUAUGAUAUUUUUAAACAACUUCCACUUGAAAUCAUAAAUAAAAUUGUGCUACAAUUAGACUUCAAUGAUAUUUUGAACUUGAAAUUAGUUAAUAAGAACUGGCGAUGUGUAUAUUUAAACCAAAAUGAGAUAUGGGCGAGGAUUUGUAAGAAUUUAAAUAUACGAGCCAUUGAUUACAACCGGUGUCUAAAUGAUAGGGCAAGACAUAAUUCAGAAUGCAUAGUAUAUGCUGAAAUAAUUUCAGAAAAAUUAUUUGGGCCUUUAUGUGAUGAUUGGCUAACUUUUAACCAUUAUAUAACGAUUGUCGAGAAUAUGAAAAAUAACCAUUUUCCGUUCAUUAUAAUACCUCGUCGACGUUUUAAUCAAUCAUAUUAUACUGAUGAUUAUAUAGUAAAUAUAAAUUACUACUAUAGAAAACCAAUUGAAAUACUUAUUUUAAAUGGUGCAGGUAAACCUAUAGAAAGACGAAUUUUGCCAAUAUUUAAUUUACUUAGAGAAUUUAUUAAAAAAUGUUUUUUAAAAAAAUAUCCACUCAAAAUAAUUGGUAAUAAAAGAUUCUUGGUACUUGAAAUUUGUUCCAUUAUAUUUGUAUAUUCAAUUAAGAAUACCGAAUUUAACAAAAAAUUUUUUAAAGUGAUACAGAAAUCUGUUGAUUAUGGCUUGAAUAAAGAUGAUUUCAACGAAAAGUUCUUAAUUGAUCAUUGUGAUACAAAAUUUGAUUUAUAUGAUAAUAAACUAGCAUUAGUGCAUCCAGCUACUAGUACAUUAUUUGUAACUGAUUUGAGUACAGAAGAAACAUAUAAAGAACUGCAAUUUAGCUCAAGAGGAUGCAUUGUUGAUAGCAUGAAAUGCUCAGACUAUAGACUCAUGAUUGGAAUUACAAAACCGAAAAAAAAUAAUUUUGAAGCUGCUAAACAUUUGGCAAUUCUUCAUCAAUUCAACAGAUGUACAGAAAACAAUAGAUUAAAGAUACCCUUGUUAGGGCCCGUUACUCAGUUUAAGGCGAUCGGCGAUUGUAUUGGAGUAGAAAACAAAGGAUCUACAACUCCAUUUAUCACAUUGAAAAAUAAUUCAGUCUUAAACGUGUUUUGGCUUAAAUGCAAUACAUUUUCAUUUGACUGUACUAGAAACUAUAUUUAUUAUAAUGUUAAUAAAAGUAUAUUUCAGUAUGAUCGCUUAAAGUCCACGUUGUUCGAAUCUGAAGUGGUAAAAAAAAUACCUGUUAAUGCAAUAUCAAAUCUCUUUCCUCUAACAUCUUUAAAUGAUAGAUAUUUGUUAGUACGAUCCACUCAUCCAAAUUCAUAUGAAAUAAUUGACGUCAAAGAACAUGUUUCUAUUAGGACUAUACAUUUAACUCCAGGGUAUUCAUUAGUUCAUGUGGGUAAAUUAUCUAUGAUAUUCUCUAAUUCCCUUAAAACUAUGGUGGUUGCAUUUAAUUAAUCAUGUAGUUUUUUUUUUAAUUUAUGUAUUAUGAUUAUUGUUUUAAGCUCCAUUACAAUGCAAUGUUUAUUGCAAAUAAUGUUUUAUUGAUUAAUUAUGAA